AUGUACGCCCAGGGUGUCCUCCAGUUCCAAUGUUUCGCCUUCGAAUGUGUUGGAUUCAACCACGAACUGGAUGCAACGUUCCACGGCCGCACCCAAAGCAUGGGCACUAUAAUUCCUAUCCCUCAAAAUGGCCCCACAGGUUCCAAACCCCAGAAGCGAUCUCACGACGAGGAGCGUAGUGAUCAGCCCCAGAAGAAGGCGAAGACGUCGAAGAAGGCGAAGACGUCGAAGAAGGCGAAGACGUCGAAGAAGGCGAAGACGUCGAAGAAGGCGAAGACGUCGAAGAAGGCGAAGAAGACGUGA